AUUGUAUUGUAUCCGUAUUAUAUUGUACAAUACCAUUGUACAGUACGGAAUACACAGUGUGUCCCAGGGUCCGUGGCGCCCCGUGACAACGCGUUACUGCUAAGUGCCAACGCUGCCACGCCUUGUCCCGGACGCGCCACGCUUUACUAUUCCCGCCGCGUGCAUCACUCAGCAUCUGAGGUCAAUUGAUCGGGAAAGUGCCUGCAAUCACAACCAUGAGGCUUCGGAGGGAAGUCGUCGAUUCGGAGGACGAACUCGGUGACCUAAGCGGCGGUUCCGAUCUUGGAGACGGCGCCGACAUGCGCGUGGAAUUGGAAGCACCCCUUGACGAACCCCGCAAUCCCGAGGCCGAGGGCGUUGACACAGCACAUACCGCAGGCCCAGGCACGCGCUCGACCGACCCGUCCUUCUUCCAGCGGGUGUACGAUGAGCAACAAGAGGCGCUCGAUUCACAGAAUGUCGUCCCCGAUACGGUCCCAGCCGGCCCCGCCGCUUCGACGUGGACCGAGGUGUCAUCGGCGCCUCCUCCGGGGCAGAAACCCCAAGUGAAGGACCACUCGUCUCUCACCUCCGUCCGCGACCCUACUCCGGCCACGCGCAGGUCAAGGAGGGCUCAAGCAGCUCCCCACCCUGAGGCCAUUGAUUUGACGGAUAUCACGACGCCCAGGAGGGAGGAGGCUGCCAGCGGAGAAAGUGAGGCGUGGGAUGUUCCAACUUCAGUGAGGUCACAGAGAGCGACGAGAACGUACGGAAAGCGCAAGACUGCGGGACAGCAGCUCGGUUUACAAGAGGGAACGCAGAACGUGCGUCCUUCCCAGGAUCCGUACGCCUUUCCGGAGUCAUCGCCCCCAACCGGGAAGAGAACGAGACGCGGCACCCCGUCCAGCUCAGCCCAACAAGCGCAAGACUCCAGUCCUGUGAUGCUUGUGCCAACAGAGGAGCCAGUUAGCUCAGAUAGGCGAACGCGAUCAAGAGGGAGAGGGAAGGCUGAAUCGGACGCGGGGUCCAGCAUGCCGGACACCACUGCAUCGCUGUUCGUCACCCAGAGCGCCCUCACAGCGAGCCAGAAGCAGGAAUACAGGAUGGUCAGCCAGUCUUCUCAAGCGGUGCCCGAAGCCGCCGGGACGUCGCCCCCUCGGCAGCAUCUCGAGGCAGGAGAGAUGCACACGUACAAGUCGAGCAUGGCGACGACGAUUGCUUACCCAACUCCGAGUCGGAUCUGGUCGUCGAGACGGGUGGCGGACGAGGCGGACGAGGCUGACGAAUCAAUCGGCGACCACGCUGACCGCGUGUCUCCGGCUCAGGACAUCGACUAUCAGCAAUCUUCGCCUGAUGUCCUGGCCGAUAUGGCUACCAACACGUCUUCGAGAUCGAGGAGAAGCACGACGAAACCCGUACCAUCUGCUGAACCUACUUCAUCCGCGCUGGAACAGCCCCCAUCAACACGGAGGUCAAAAAGAAGGAGGGUUGUCCAAGACGAUGAUCCUUGGCAGCUGGAUCCAUUGGCACCUGUUCAGGAAUGCCGCGAUGGACAACAGAGUGCAGGUUUCGGAGGCGAGAGUGGAGAUACCGUCGUGCGGCCAAAUUUGGGGACGAGUGACGAGGCAUCCGGGCCUCCGGACAUUGAGGCAACUAAUGCUGAAGGCCUGGAGACACCGAUCUCACCUCCCAAGGCCGUGCCGAAGAAGAGAGGGCGCAAGAGGAAGGCGUCCCGGGCAGACGCGCCGCCUCCUGAAACGGAUACUCCGACACCACUUGGGGAGGCUGAAGCUGAGCCAGCUCCCGCGCCCACAGAAACAGCAGGCCCGCCAGCCAAGCGGAAGCGCGGGCGCCCGCGCAAAUCCAAUGUCACCCAAGCCCAAGCCGAAAGUCCAGAGGAGCCCGGACAGCAGCAUGCCGAGGGCGCCCGAGGCGAGACGGAAACCGAUACGGCCCUACAACCACCACCACCAUCACCACCACCACCAACCCUUCCCCUAUCCGAGGUCUCGCGCAACUCUCAGCCAAAACAACAAUCCGAAUCUCUUCCUGACGCGGAUGCCAAGGGUAAUAGCGACAGUGGUGGCGAGAGCAAAGAAAACGACGUAUCUCGCGCGAUGCACGAGCCGGCCACCACGGACGCGAAGACGAAGGAGCCAGAACAAAAACAGGCCAAACUGGGCGUCUUGAACGCGCCUCAGAAAGUGCAGUAUCGCGUCGGACUGAGCAAGAGGUCGCGAAUUGCGCCGCUACUGAAGUCAUUGAAGAAGCCGGUAUGAAGCAACCCAAGUGCUUUGAUCUUAUGUUCGUGGGAGGUUGCAUGGCAGGUGUUGGUCGGUUUCUAUCUGAACUUGCGGAAUGGGCAUGGGAAUGGAUUGACGGAUGGGUUGGUGUCAGAUGGCUUGACAGCCUUGGGGGACUUGGCGUUUUGAACCUUGCUUUCAGAUACCCCUCUCUUUGCUCGCUCUAAUGAGGAUGGGUUCUUUUGCUGUUAAUGCCGAAAGAUGUAAUUCGAGUUACGGAAGGUUUUUGCCAGGUUCAAAGAUGAAACCCCGGGACAACCACCAGAAGUUGGGCAGAGUCUGGGACAUGAUGCCGCCCCGAAUUGAAACUGUCGUGAGACACUGGAGUGAGAUCACUGUCGGGAUGACCAUCGCUC